AUGAGUGCUGAAAUAGAUGCUCACAUAACGAAGAAAUAUGAAAUCAAAAAGCGUUUGGGAAAAGGAGUAAGAUCGUCGUUCGUGCCGUUACAAUUUGGUGCGAUCCGCGCCAUUUUACUGUUUGGCGCUUCGUCCUGUGACCACCAGCGUGAUUUGAUUCGGGUUUAUUUUCAUGUUUAUAGGCUUAUGGAAUCGUCUGGAAGGCCAUAGAUAGGCGAACAGGAGAAGUUGUUGCUGUUAAAAAGAUUUUUGAUGCUUUUAGAAAUCAAACAGAUGCUCAGGUAUGUUUUGAAAUUGAACAUUAAAGCUUGCAUUAGUAUGUAAGCUUUAGGCCCAAAAUGUUUGAUGAUACUGCUUUGUUUGAAUGAGUAUAUAUCUUUGCUCAUUACGUUUUUAUCCUUCAUUUCAGAGGACCUUUAGGGAGAUUUGUUUCCUUCAGGUAUGUAGAAUUCAGUCAGUUUGGUUUAACCUUGAGCAUACUAGAGAGAUAUUGCUGUGUGUUUCCGCACAGCAUUUCAAUGGAUGAAGCUCCUUUGCGCCGCUCUCGAUCUAAUCCGUCCUGUACUUAUUUGAUUCCAGGAAUUCGGAGACCACGAAAACAUCAUAAAACUGCUAAAUGUCAUCAAGGCAGACAACGAUAAGGACAUCUAUUUGGUUUUUGAAUAUAUGGGUACGUUUUUUUAUCAUUACAAUAUUUAUUAAAAAAUUUCAAGGUCUUGCAUUUGCGUGGCAUAGAUCUAAGCUUAACUUUACCUUAGAAUAUUUUAUUGUCCAAAAAUUGAUUUCUAGUUUCUCUCUGAACUUUUCCAAAUUUCUUAGGGAGCAUUAAAAUAUUCGGCGUUAGCGUCUGUUUUCUUUGGCUGGUAGAGUUGAUUUGCAUGUCGAUGUAAAUAUUGAGACGUAAUAAUUUGAGCUACCUGCCAAAUUCCUACCUUUCAAGAGUAUAUAAAUAUAUGGCUUACAGAGGAGAAGAACUUAUAUUUAGUGAAUAUAACAUUAAAAAUAACUGCUGCAAUUACGUUUGCAGCGUGAUUUUUUUCGUGAAAAUUGUUUCUAAGGUAUGGGUUUGUACAAAGUACACUUAAUCUGCAUUUUACUUAUAAAUAAUCAACCGCAGAAGCUAUAACCAUUGAUUUCUUCCCUUUUUGUAUCAAUCGUGACUUAAAAAGCGUUAUCGGAGGUACAAUAUUAUUUUUAUGGAACUGACGUCUUUUCAUGGAAUUUUGGUUCUUGGUAAACAUAAACAAUAUUUUGAAGCCAGCAUCAUUUGUUUAAAGUUUUAAUGACCAUGGAAAGGUUGAGUGAACUUAUCUUUUAUUUUAUUUUAUCUCUUUGGGAAAUCGUCUGGGAAGUUUUUUACAUGAUAUGAAAAAUGUGUUAAGGAUUAUUUUUUCCUUCUUCAUAUUCCUGUUGAAAAAAGAUGUUAGAACUUGUUUCAAAGUUUGUUGCCAAAUCAACUCAAAUCUAAUACAUUUUGACACCUGUUACUCAGAGUUUGUUUUGAUUUGUUUCUCAGCAGUGAACAGAGAAUUACUGGUCAGAUUUCUAGAACAUUCUUACACAUACUUGUGUGUUUAGAAUCUUAUUGAUUCCAUUAAUUAAUGGGAAGGAGUCCCAAUAGGCAAAUUAAUUUUACAAAAUUAAUGUAAUUCUUGUGCAUUUGCUUAUUGUAGACACUGAUCUCCACAAUGUUAUAAAGAAAGGCAACAUUCUGAAGGAUAUACAUAAAAGAUAUAUUAUGUACCAGGUAAAGGAUUAUCAAAAUAAAUUUCUAUAUAUGCAUGUUUGUAAUUCUUAAUACCGGUAUAUGUUAGCCACCUUAACUCUGGGAUGAAGCCAGGAGCUGGCUGGCGGUUAAUUUCACCAGCUGGAAAACCACCACCGGCUCAAAUUACUCUGGAAAACAGACUUGUGGUAAUUUUGAAGACCAAAUGCCAGCUUGACAGAUAAAGGAACUCGCCUUGCUUUUCCUCUUCAGUUUAAUUUUUUUAAAGGCUGCAAAGCUUUAUGUCAACAAGUACAAAGAAUUAUUCACUACCAUCAAAUAUGUCUAGUCUAAAGGAAGAAGUUAUGAUAAGAAUGAUUAAGUUUUCUUGUGUCUUGCACUUUAUUGCUCUCAUAUUCUAAACCUUUUACAACAAUUAUUAUUAUUAAGUUAUCUCAAAGAAUUAUUAACCAUGUUUUUAAAAAGUUCCUUGUUCUCUUGUGGCUAGUAUAGACACAGUAGCAAUGAUCACAAUUUAACAUCUGUUACGCAAUUUAACCAUAAGCACUUGCUAUAUUGCUCUUGUGUUGUUUAUAUUAUGAAGUGUGGUUAUUAUGACACAUUUCCCACAGUGGAUUCUAUUUUAAAUCUGUAUUAUGUCAUCAUUCUUGAGCAAACAUAAAGAAUUUGUUUUAUACAUUUACAUGUACAAGGUUUUUUUUUUCAUAAAACCCAUGGUGAAAACAAUCAAAAGCUAUUGCUCAAUAAAACAUGCAUUUAAUUCAGUUCAAUUAAAUUUCAUUUUAUAAUAAUCACAUGCUUUAAGUUGGGUUGUGAACAUCACAUCCUGUUUAGGUAGGCAUUUCUUGGUGAUCUAAGCAGGUCAACCUGGUAGUGUACAAAAAUGCUGGCUGAUUACAUAGGUUUUCCAGAAGGUCACAUUAUACAAUCAGAAAGGCCUAAUAUACAACAAUAAGAUAAUAUUUGUGCAAUUUCAGUGGCAUUAGUUCUGUUAUGGAUGGUUCUCAAAAUAAUGCUUUCUCCCACAGAUUUUAAAGGCAGCUUACUACUUACACUCUGGAAAUGUAAUUCACCGAGAUCAGAAGGUAUUUUGUUUUUUUGGAUUAUUUUAUGUCAAUACAUUGAUUAUUAAUUUUUUUAUGAUAAUAAUAGCUACCUCAAAGCAUCGUGCUUGGUUAUGUUAUGAUAGACUUUAUGAUGAAUGAUGACCAAGUUUNCAGCAGUGAACAGAGAAUUACUGGUCAGAUUUCUAGAACAUUCUUACACAUACUUGUGUGUUUAGAAUCUUAUUGAUUCCAUUAAUUAAUGGGAAGGAGUCCCAAUAGGCAAAUUAAUUUUACAAAAUUAAUGUAAUUCUUGUGCAUUUGCUUAUUGUAGACACUGAUCUCCACAAUGUUAUAAAGAAAGGCAACAUUCUGAAGGAUAUACAUAAAAGAUAUAUUAUGUACCAGGUAAAGGAUUAUCAAAAUAAAUUUCUAUAUAUGCAUGUUUGUAAUUCUUAAUACCGGUAUAUGUUAGCCACCUUAACUCUGGGAUGAAGCCAGGAGCUGGCUGGCGGUUAAUUUCACCAGCUGGAAAACCACCACCGGCUCAAAUUACUCUGGAAAACAGACUUGUGGUAAUUUUGAAGACCAAAUGCCAGCUUGACAGAUAAAGGAACUCGCCUUGCUUUUCCUCUUCAGUUUAAUUUUUUUAAAGGCUGCAAAGCUUUAUGUCAACAAGUACAAAGAAUUAUUCACUACCAUCAAAUAUGUCUAGUCUAAAGGAAGAAGUUAUGAUAAGAAUGAUUAAGUUUUCUUGUGUCUUGCACUUUAUUGCUCUCAUAUUCUAAACCUUUUACAACAAUUAUUAUUAUUAAGUUAUCUCAAAGAAUUAUUAACCAUGUUUUUAAAAAGUUCCUUGUUCUCUUGUGGCUAGUAUAGACACAGCAGCAAUGAUCACAAUUUAACAUCUGUUACGCAAUUUAACCAUAAGCACUUGCUAUAUUGCUCUUGUGUUGUUUAUAUUAUGAAGUGUGGUUAUUAUGACACAUUUCCCACAGUGGAUUCUAUUUUAAAUCUGAAUUAUGUCAUCAUUCUUGAGCAAACAUAAAGAAUUUGUUUUAUACAUUUACAUGUACAAGGUUUUUUUUUUCAUAAAACCCAUGGUGAAAACAAUCAAAAGCUAUUGCUCAAUAAAACGUGCAUUUAAUUCAGUUCAAUUAAAUUUCAUUUUAUAAUAAUCACAUGCUUUAAGUUGGGUUGUGAACAUCACAUCCUGUUUAGGUAGGCAUUUCUUGGUGAUCUAAGCAGGUCAACCUCGUAGUGUACAAAAAUGCUGGCUGAUUACAUAGGUUUUCCAGAAGGUCACAUUAUACAAUCAGAAAGGCCUAAUAUACAACAAUAAGAUAAUAUUUGUGCAAUUUCAGUGGCAUUAGUUCUGUUAUGGAUGGUUCUCAAAAUAAUGCUUUCUCCCACAGAUUUUAAAGGCAGCUUACUACUUACACUCUGGAAAUGUAAUUCACCGAGAUCAGAAGGUAUUUUGUUUUUUUGGAUUAUUUUAUGUCAAUACAUUGAUUAUUAAUUUUUUUAUGAUAAUAAUAGCUACCUCAAAGCAUCGUGCUUGGUUAUGUUAUGAUAGACUUUAUGAUGAAUGAUGACCAAGUUUACAGUAGUUGAGGUUCUGCGUACACUGUAGUUGACAAGCCAUAUUUUGUUUGUUUAAUUUUGCAGCCAAGUAAUGUCCUUUUAGACUCAGAAUGUUUUGUAAAAGUAAGUCAUUGUUGUUUUAGUACUCUCAUUUUGUUUAAGUAAAAUUAUUAAAGGGGGUGUGUGGAGUAAAGCCCAAGUGUCAAUUUUGUCUUCAGUUUGUCUUCUAUGUCCUUGUAAAUCAAGGGGAGUAUUCUAUAUACAGUAGCAGUCAAUUGGUCGUGGAUAUGUCCAAUAUUUUUUGCUAAUUCCUGGCAUUCUCAAGACUUUAUCGUCAAACCUUAUGUCAACACUUUUUUCAGUAUGUGUGAUUUGUAGGGGGUUGUUGGUGAUUUCCCCAUGAUUUAGGGCACCCUUGUGGCCUUAACUGAGGUGAAUGAAAUUUAGUACCACUUAAUGGUGAUGUACCAAUUUCUGUUAGCACUUAUUGUUUACUUAAGCAUUGCACUUAUGUGUAUGAUAAAAAGCACUAUGCCCUAGAAUACCUUGCUUCAAACCUCACAGCCAGAUUGUGCUAAAAUCACGGCAAAAAUCACUGCUCUUGUUGCAUGACAAAUCAUGCGAUAAAAUCCCAAUUAAGUAAAAGGCCCUUUACAGGGUAAGUAAAUUGUGUGAAAUAUGAUACUAAGAAAUGUCUGUGAUAGUACAGGUAUCAAUAAGGAAAGACUCAGUGUAUUUAAUUGAAGGUUUUUCUACUUGUCAUGGCUGUUUGAAGUGUUAUAAAAUGUUAACCUUGCUGUUCUUCUUUAUUUACAGAUCUGUGAUUUUGGUCUUGCCCGGUCAGUGACAAACAUGACUCAGGAGGCUGGUGAUCCUAGUUUAACUGAUUACGUUGCCACUCGCUGGUACAGAGCACCUGAAAUUCUUCUAGCUUCACCACGGUAACCAAAAAUCAUGUGAUUCAAUAACUUCAUAGCUGCAAGUUGCUUGUAACAAAAAUAAAAAUGAUGUUGAUAUCUAAGCCUUUCUUAGUGAGGUUCUGUCUUUUCUGACAGGUACACAAAGGGUGUUGAUAUGUGGUCUUUAGGAUGCAUUUUAGGAGAAAUGCUUUUAGGUAAGUUAACAAGUGCAGUAUCCAGCAAGAUAGUUUUCAGUGUUUUAUCUAUAUUUACAUCUGCCAUUUCCCCUUUUUAUUUUAAUGAGGGUCGCUUAAUCACUUUAUUUGUUCAUUUCAGGAAAGCCACUUUUCCCUGGAACAUCAACUUUAGAUCAGAUUGAGAAAAUUAUGACAGUAAUUCCUACCCCAUCUAGACAAGGUAUGAAUACAAAAAAUAGUAGCCAUGAAAUAUCUUAGUAGAAUUGAAUAGCUAAUCCAGGUGGGCCUUGGUUUGAAUAGUGGUCUCACCAGAGAGCUUAUGCCACUUCUUAUGCCAGUGGAAGGAAAUGCAAGCUGAAUACCCCCUGCACAAAUAUUAGGCAGAUUUAGCAAAGACAACGUGACAGCAGUGACAACUGUGUGCGCAAAUCAAAAACUCGACUUGACCAAUCGCAGACCGACAAAUUGAGCACCGGAAGUCAUACUCAGUCUUUUUCACGUGCUUUCUGUCCUAAACUGACGUUCCCUUUCUGUUGCUAAAUCACACUAGUACAUCAACAGUACUUUGCUCUUCUUUUAAUGUUGUGUUCUUAUAGCCAAAGAACACAUGUAAUGGAAAGAGGAGCAAUGAUUGUUAAACUAAGAGAUAAGAAAGUAAUAUAUUUGUUUCUUUAACAGUUCAUUUAACCCUUUGGGAAGCUGUAAAUAGUAAAUAAUGCUACUAUCAAAAAAUUAGUGGCUCGAUGUAUCUCACAGCAACAUGAAUGUGAGUUGUUCACUAAACAAAUGCUUUGAAUGUAGCUGAGUUUUGUUUCAAGUUGGUUGAUGAGUUUUUUGGUUGCUGACAUGUAUGUAUACUACCUUAAAAGAAGCAUGGACUCAUGUCUUGUAUGAGAUGACUUCUUUGUUGAGCUGUGUUUUGGAUUGUUUCAUUUUAGAUAUUGACAGCAUCAAGUCACAGUACAGUUUGUCAGUGUUGGACAGAAUGGCCUGCAAACCCAAAAGGAGCCUUGAAGAAAUGAUACCCACCGCACCACCAGACGGUAUUGAUCUGCUAAGGAAACUUCUCCAGUUUAACCCUGAUAAGAGGCUGACAGCAGAACAGGCUUUAACACAUCCUUUUGUGGCGAGAUUUCAUAACCCUGAGGAAGAACCUGCCAUGGAUUAUGAUGUGAUUCCUGCGCUGGAUGAUGAUGUACAGUUGACUGUUGAGGAGUAUCGUGUUAAACUUUAUGAGGUAGGUACAUUUACCCUUAGUUGUGAAUUACUGGUUACAUACUUGUUGUCCUGGCUUGAACUUUUAUCUGAGUUAUUGCUUGCUAGAGUUAGCACCAAGCAUCAUUAUAAGAGUCCUUAUAAAAUUUCCACCAUGGAAGUGUCCUACUGCCUCUUGAAACCAAGGCUUUAACUUAGUGUUUUCAGUCUGUUAGAAAAUAAUUGCUGGUAAGAUUUUGUGUUUACAUCACACUAGUGUCAUGAGGUGUUUAGGUCUGUGAGUGAGGUUGUAACUUGUAAGAUCAAUUCAAGUAAGACCUCAUGAAUUUUAUUCUUCAUUGUGUAUAGAGUAUCAUCCAGAAAAAAACUAACAUCAGAAGACAAAGAAGGGAAAUUUUCCUUCAAGAUCAGAAACAGAAGCAAGCACAGGCUGCUGAAAAGUCAAGACAACAGGAAUACCAGCCUCUACGGCAAGUUGAAAACUAUUCUUACACAGCACCAAGCAAUGUACAUGCCGACCGUUCUCCACACAGUUCACCUUCCAAGCCCCCCCUGCAGAAGAGUGAUGGUGUCACAGUAGCAUUUGGUAGAACAACAAAGUAUCAGCAUCAGCGAUCACCAUCUGCUGGCAAGAGUAUGGUCAGGAGACAUAGCUUGGAAAAUGAUACUGUAAGUUGUAUUUUUUUGUUGCUUGGCAUAGUGCAUUAGGCCUGGUUCCGACGCCGUACUUUUCAUGUGCCGAACCUAACUGAAUAAGUUCGACUUUGGAGCGACACUGGUGCGACAUCUGAUUCAGAGGGCGUACUGUGUGUCGAACCUAAGUUAAGUUUGACAAAAGUUCGACAGACUCUGUCAAACUUAACGCUUUUGCCGCACCAAACUAAAACUGCCGCACCAAAUUGAUUCAGAUGCUGCUCUUUUGCUGUACUUAAUUCAUCAGUUAGGUUCGGCACAUGAGUGGAGCAGCAUCUAAACCGGGCCUUAGGAUCAUAGCAUACUUGAGAACUAGUGAAACUGCUGUGUUAGUUGAUCACUUUUUAGCCUAAGUGCAGACAACUCCUGUUUCAAGGAAAGGGCAUUGAAAGAGAGCAAUAAUUUUGGCCAAUAAUGUGAUUUUUGACAAAUCAAACCAAUUUUUGGAAUGCUGGUUCACUGGUAAACAGCAAUUGCCACUUGGCAUUUAUUUUUGCCAGUUUUUUUUAUAUGUACAGGUGUAUGUUCAAGAGGAAAGAUAUGGGAUAAGAGCCCAGUUUUACACAACAGUGUCUAUUGAAAACCUAUAUCUUCAGCCUUAGGUUUUUCAGUCUUAUACGUACUGUUACUAGUUACCAACAAAACAAAAAGGAACUUUUACCUUUAUAGAGCAAUUCAUUAUUGUUUUGCUCACUGAUUAAAUAAUUUUUGAAAAUUUCGUAUACAGGCUAUGUCCCCGCCUAGAGCAAAUCCUGCUGGCCGCGCAAGACCCAUCUCUGCUCAAGUAAAGCCGAAGAAUACAAUAAUAACACGCAGUAAUAGUGCUGAUAAGCUUCUUCAAGUUACUAGUGCACGCAUGGUG